AUGGAGCCAAAAAGCGAAGUUGUCAUUCGACAGCAUGACUACCUUUCUGGACGCGUGCUAUUUGUAAAUGCAGCAACGGAUGAUCUACUUUCAAAUUUAGCUCAUAACAUCGAAGCAAGCAUUUGGACUUGGAAUUACAAUGAGUUUCAAUAUUUUCAGAAUCAGCAGGCAACAGUACAUUUUGGUACUGACCUGCCAGAAGCUGAAUUUGAUCAGGCUGUUGUUUUUGUUCCAAAAUCAAAAGAGCUACUCAACUAUAUCUUACACAAUUUAGUCAGUCGUUUAGCUGUUGGCGCUUCGAUUUUCUUGGUUGGAGAGAAAAAAGGUGGUGUAGAACGUGCUGCAAAACAACUCCAGCCUUAUGGUCAAGCCAUCAAGCUUGAUAGCGCACGUCAUUGUCAAAUGUGGCAACUCACCACAGAUAAAACCGUGAAAGCAAAGCCAUUAGCAGAAUGGGCGCAAGUCUAUAAUGUUCCAACACCUGCUGGAGAACUUAGCAUUUGUGCACUCCCUGAACAACUUGAAAUAAAAGCAGUCACAGGGAUUGAAGAUGCGCCAUUGUUCUUACACGCCAUCGUGAGUAACCCUCCAUUUCACCAAGGUGGUGAAUUAUGGAUUGUGGCAAACCGCUUCCUAAAUUACCCAUUACUCAUUGAGCAGAGUUUUAGUCAAUGUACGACUAAAGCAGAUCAACAAGGCUUUAAAGUGCUGUUCGCCAACACUCAAAAAAGUAGUAAGGAAUAA